AAAAGCAGGUGGGCAAGACCAGCUGGUCGGGUCCAACCGAGUCCACCCCCACUCCCUCGCUCGCACUCCGCCCGCCGCGCCGGACGGACCAUGGCCGCGACCGCCGACGACGCCCGCCGCGCCGCCGCCGUCGCCAAGUACUGCGCCAGCCUCCUCGCCUACCGGGAGCGCCAGUCCCUCCUCACCACAGGGGAAGAGAACCUGAAGAAGGCUAGGAAGGAGCGUGAGAUAACUGAUGGGCAUGUCAAGGCGUUUCAGAGCAUUGGGCAGAUAGUGGGGGAGGUGUUGCGCCCGCUUGGCGGCGAGCGUUUUAUCGUCAAGGUUAGGAGUGGUCCUCGAUACCUUGUCAACUGUCGCAAUAAGUUGAACACGGAGAGCUUGAAAACAGGCACACGUGUGUGUCUUGACCCAAGCACACUUACAAUCGUGCGCAUGCUUCCGCGUGAGGUGGACCCUUUAGUGUUCAACAUGGUUCAUGAAGAUCCAGGGAAUGUCAGCUUCUCUGCUGUUGGAGGGCUAUCUGACCAGAUCAGGGAAAUUAGGGAGACCAUAGAACUUCCGCUCAUGAACCCUGAACUGUUUCUGCGAGUUGGUAUUAAGCCACCCAAGGGAGUGCUCCUCUACGGCCCACCUGGAACUGGGAAGACACUGCUGGCUAGGGCUCUUGCAAGUAACAUAGAUGUGAACUUUAUUAAGGUUGUCUCAAGUGCAGUCAUUGGUAAGUAUAUUGGUGAGAGUGCUCGGAUAAUAAGGGAAAUGUUUGCAUAUGCACGUAAUCACGAGCCGUGCAUCAUCUUCAUGGAUGAAAUUGACGCACUUGGAGGAAGAAGAUUCAGUGAAGGCACAAGUGCUGAUCGCGAGAUCCAAAGGACGCUCAUGGAACUGCUAAACCAGUUAGAUGGGUUUGAUGAACUUGGAAAGGUGAAGAUAAUCAUGGCGACCAACCGUCCGGAUGUGCUGGACCCUGCUCUCCUACGCCCUGGGCGUCUGGAUCGCAAGAUUGAAAUCCCUCUUCCUAACGAGCAAGCGAGGCUGGAAAUCCUCAAGAUACAUGCAGCUGGGAUGGCCAAGCACGGUGAAAUCAACUACGAAGCUGCUGCCAAGCUAGCAGAGGGAUUCAACGCCGCUGACAUGCGCAACAUCUGCACAGAGGCCGGCAUGGCGGCGAUCCGAGCGGAGCGUGACUACGCCAUCAACGAGGACUUCAUGAAGGGGGUGAGGAAGCUGACGGAGUUGAAGAAGCUGGAGUCCAGCGCCAACUACAAGGCGGACUUCGGCAGCGGCUAGAGGAAUGACAGGCCGAGUUAAACAGACCUUUUGACGACAAUUUAGAUAAACAUAUAUAUCAACCCAUGCUUUUGAAGAAGGAAAUUACGAGGUGUACGAUCCAGACGCUGUCGUAGUUCCUGUCCGCGGUACUGAUCCUCGCCCCAGGCCUCGAAUUUUGGGAAUCUCUCUAUGCGCUUGUGGUGCCGCAAGAUGUUGGCCUGCGGGGCAUGAAAACUGAUAACUAAUCCUCACAUAUCCUAGUUUCUGCAUGUAGUGUUAUGGCCGCCGA